GCGCUAAAAUCAUCCAAGCCCUUAGUCACUGUGUUGCGAUUGGUGGAUGGGGAUGAGAAGCCCGCAAUGGGCUACAUAUAUGAUGCGAUGGAGAGGGCGAAAAAUUAGAUCAUGGACCAUUUUAACUAUAGAGACCGUGAUUACAUGCCCAUUUUAGAUAUUAUAGAUAGAAAAUGGGGUAGCCAAAUGUCAUCCCCAUUGUAUUCGGCUGCUUACAUCCUUAACCCAACCUGUUUAUUCACUUCUGCUGAUCCAGCAGAAGCACUAACUAUGCAUAUGGUUGGAUUUAUUGAUGUCUUGGAAAGAAUGAUUCCAGAUAGAGGAGAACAGGACAAGAUCUCAACUUUGCUGGACUUCUACACAAAAAGUGAAGGGAUAUUCUCAAGGGAUAUCGUAAUAAGACAUCGGACAAUGAAAUUACCCAGUAAGUACUUCUAUGAAUGAAUGUUAGUAUACUGUCAACUUGUCUCUAAGAGACUAAGACUCUAACCUAUACUUAAACUGUUUUUCUCAACUGACUGGUGGGCUGCCUAUGGAGUGGACCUGAACAGGAAGGAUCCAGCUCUAAAGAAGCUGGCUAUGAAGAAUCUUGGACUCACGUGUUUUGCUAGUGGUUGUGAGCGCAAUUGGAGCACGUUUGAGGCGAUUCAUACCAAGAAAAGGAAUCGCCUUGAGCAAAAAAAGCUCAACGACUUGGUUUUCAUUCAAUACAAUCAAAAAUUGCGAGAACAAUUCCAAAGUAGGAAAGAAAAGCCCGGUUUCUUUGACCCUAUUUGCUUAGACGAGUUGGAUGCAGAUAACGAGUGGCUCGUAGAGACGGAGGACCCGGUAUUUGCUGGAGAGGAGCUGACAUGGGCACAAGUUGAAGAUGCCGCAUAUGGAUCGACACCUGGUGAAGGUAGUAGUACCACUCGAAGGCAAAGGACGGGGGGAGCCGGGGGGCGAGUAGUAGCCGUCAACCCGUUGAUAAGAUUGAGGAGAUUGGAGAAGGAGAAGGUGAUGAUAAUGAUCAAGUUGAAGAUCAUCCACCAUUGGAUGUUGAUGAAGUAUUAGUGCAUACAGAUGAUGAAGAAACGGAAGAAGAAGAAGUGUAUGUGGUGGAAGGAGAUGACUUGAAUGAUGAUGAUGAUGGUGGUGGUGGUGGUGGACCUGGUGGUGAUGUGCCACAAUGGAUGCUAGA